AUAUUCAAAUAUUAAUAAAUUUAUUAAUGUCAGAAUAGUAGUAGAGUGGUUAAGUAAUAAAUAAAUGUGAGUAAUAGGAAUAAUUGGAUGUAACAGCAAUGAUGGAAGAGUUGUAUGAGAAAUUAGUAUUAUUGAAUUAUGAAUAAAGUUAUUUAAAAUAGAAGUAAUAGUUUGUAUUAUAUAUUAAAUUAGAGGUGGAAAACCUUUGAAUAGAGCAUAUUUUGUUAAUUAAACAAAUUCAAGUGAAUAAUUUACUUAAUUUAAAACGUAAGUUUUUGAAUAAAUAUUUGAAUAGAUUAGUAAAAUGGUUAUUUUAAUAAAAUGAUGUAUAGACAAGUGAUUUUAAUAAAUUGGAUGAUCCAGUGACAUUAUCAUAGAAUAUAAGUAAAAAAGGUUAAUAAAAAUAUUAGUAAAUGAAUUGAAAAAUAUAGGAAUAGAAGUGGAUUUUCCUCCACUAAAAUUAAAAUAAGGAUUUGGUGAAUAUGUUGUAUAUGUUUUGUUGUAAUUGGCAACAAGAGCAUUAUAAAAAAAGAAAUUUUAAUACAAGAAAGCAAAAAUUGAAUAAUAAUCUUAAACGUAAAUAAUUGAUAAUUAUUAUGAUAUAUAGAAGAUAAGAUGAUGAACCAGUUUAAGAAACAGGAAGUGUAUCAUCAGAUUCUGAUCCAGAAGUAGCAUCAGAUGAAGAACCUGAAGAUGUAUUUACAGAAUAAGGAUUCUAAAAAGAGUAAGAAUAUUAUAAUAUAAAUAAAAAGUGAAGAUAAAAUGGUAAUUGAAUCUAAUGUGAAUCCAAAAGAGUGGGCUAAAGAAGUUGAAAGAGCAGCUUAAAAAAUUAAAAUUGUUAUUAAACCAGAUGCAGGAGAAUGGAGAUAACAUUUUGAUGCUACUAAAUAAUAUUCUAAUCAAAUUAAAACUAUUUUACCUGAAGCUAGAAUUAAAUUAGAAAGAAUGAGUGAUGAAUUAGCUGAAAUCUUAGAUAGAAUUACUAAAAGAGAAUAUAAUAUUAAUGAAAAUAUGAGUGAAAUGGUAAAUCUAUUUCUAUCUCUUAUUAUUAUAGUCUAAUGAAUUCAAAAAGAAAAAUGAAGAAUAUAAAAAAAUUGAACUUUAAUAUUAAAAUUAUACUAAUGCAAAAAAAGAAAUGAAUGAUUAAUAUAAACAAAUCUAAGAAAAAUUUGAAACUGUUUAAAAUAAAUUAAAUGAACAUGGUAGUGUAUCUACAGAUUAAUCACCUGUUAUUAGAAUUAAAGCUAGUCUUACUAAAUUGAGAGUAAUUUUUAUUAUCUAAUAUUAUUCUUUAGUUAGAAAUUAAAUAAAUGGAUCUUAGAAUUGGAGUUCUCUCACAUACAAUUCUUUAAAGAACAUUUCAUGAUGCAAAAGCUAUCUAAGAAAGAGAUUAUCAUGAAAAUGGACUUAUAUUAAAUGAGUCAGAUGAAUUAACAGAUUGAAAUAUAUGUUUUAAUACACC